UCUGUGCCUGGACAUGGCCGCUGCGGAGGCCGAGUCCCUGAGCUGAGCGCCCGCUGCCGGAGCCAACCGCUGCCGCCAACCGUCCGUCCGUCCGGGCCCGGGAGCGGAGGGCUCCGGAGGAGGCGGCGGCGGGCGCAUGGCGGCUUUCGUGCCCAGGAGCUGGCACGGCCUGGGGCUGGCUCGCCUCGGGCUGCCCCGCGCCGCCCUCCCGCGGAGGAGUUGGAGGGAUCCAGCCCGUCUCCACUGUACCGGGACCCUGAGGCUGAUAAGCCAUGAGAACGUACUGCUUCGCGGCCGGACUCCGGCCAGCCCUGCGUCCUACCUCUGCUUCGAGGGUGAGCCGCCCAGCGGUGGGGGUCGGAGGCCUGAGGGCCGGGCCACCGCGGCUUGGCCAACCUGGGCACCUGCCUCCGCAAGGGUGGUUGUUACAGGACCUCGCCACCUCCCCGUGCGCGCCUGGCACUCGUCACGCCCCCUGGGAGAGCACACUGUGAUAGAGAAGGCCCUGAAGUCCCUAAAGGACAAGAAUAAGAAGCUGGAAGAGGGUGGCCCCGUGUACAGCCCAGCGGCCGAGGAGGCGGUGGACAGGUCCCUCGUGCAGAAGGUAGUGGCCGAGCUGAAGCAUUACUACCAUGGCUUCCGCCUGCUCUGGCUGGACACCAAGAUCGCUGCCCGCACGCUGAGGCGCAUCCUGGACGGCCAUACCCUGACCCGCCGCGAGCACAGGCAGUUUCUCCGCAUUUGUGCGGACCUCUUCCGCCUGGUGCCCUUCCUGGUGUUCAUAGUGGUGCCCUUCAUGGAAUUCUUGCUGCCCGUGGUUCUGAAGCUCUUCCCCAACAUGCUGCCAUCCACAUUCGAGACCCGGUCCACCAAGGAAGAAAGGAUGAAGAAGGAGCUUCGGUUGAAGCUGGAGCUAGCCAAGUUCCUCCAGGACACCAUCGAGGAAAUGGCUCUGAAGAACAAGGCAGCCAAGGGGAACGCCACAAGAGAGUUCUCUGCAUUUUUCCAGAAGAUCCGAGAGACGGGAGAGAGACCCAGCAAUGAGGAAAUCAUGCGCUUUUCCAAAUUAUUUGAGGACGAGCUGACCCUGGACAACCUCACGAGGCCUCAGCUGGUGGCACUGUGCAAGCUGCUGGAGCUUCAGUCUAUUGGCACCAACAACUUCCUGCGUUUCCAGCUCAUCAUGCGCCUGAGGUCCAUAAAGGCUGAUGAUAAACUGAUUUCCGAGGAAGGGGUGGACAGUCUGACUGUCAAGGAAUUACAGGCAGCGUGUCGCGCGCGAGGCAUGCGAGCGCUCGGCGUCACAGAAGAGCGUCUGAAGGGCCAGCUGAAACAGUGGCUGGAUUUGCACCUCCAUCAAGAGAUCCCGACAUCUUUGCUUAUACUGUCCCGGGCCAUGUACCUCCCAGACACCCUCUCACCUGCUGACCAGCUCAAGUCCACCUUGCAGACGCUUCCAGAAAUUGUGGCAAAGGAAGCUCAGGUAAAAGUGGCGCAGGCAGAGUGCGAAGAGGUGGACAACAAGGUAAGGCUGGAGGCCACGCUCCAAGAAGAGGCCGCCAUCCAGCAAGAACACAUGGAAGAACUACAGAGGGCUGCCGGGGCUGCGAAGGACAUCCAGCCAGAAGUAGCGGAAGCCAUUGUCCCUGGAAGGCCAGGGCCCGAGCUUCAGCCAGAGGUGCCUGAUGUGGUUCUGCGCUCAGAAACAUUGAAAGAUACGGCACCUGUGCUGGGAGGUUUGAAGGGAGAAGAUAUAACCAAGGAGGAGAUUGACAUCCUCAGUGAUGCCUGCUCUAAGCUAAAGGAGCAGAAGAAGCCCCUGACCAAGGAGAAGGAGGAGCUGGAGCUGCUGAAAGAGGGCGUCCACGACUACAGUGAGGACUUACAGGAGAUCAAGAUGGAACUUUCAAAGACCGGUGAUGAGAAAUCUGUAGAAGAAUCCAAAGCUAGCCAGAGGCUGUCAAAGCGAGUCCACCAGAUGAUCAGGCAGAUCGAUGGGCUAAUUGCACAGCUGGAGACUAGUCAACAGAAUGGAAAGGUGGGUCCUGAAGACAUCUCUCCUCUGACAGGGGAGAGUGUCGUCAGUGUCAGCGAGUUCAUCAGAGCCAUGAAGCAAAUCAAGCAAUUUCCAGAACACAAGCUCAUCAGUUUGACCUCAGCCCUGGAUAAAGAUAAGGAUGGGAAUAUCAACAUUGAUGACCUUGUUAAGGUCGUGGACUUGGUGGACAAAGAAGGUGUUCAGAUUUCUACCACCCAGGUAGCCGAAAUUGUGGCCACCCUAGAGAAGGAGAAAAAGGUGGAGGAGAAGGAAAAGGCCAAGGAGAAGGCUGAGAAAGAGGCCACAGAAGUAAAAAAUUAGAGUUGCCUGGCUUUCAGGCACACUGGGUCUGUCUUCAUCAUGCUACACCAACCACAACAGGGAUGACAGAAAAGCAAUUGCUUUGAGGUGAUUCUUGGUGGCAAAUCUAAUAUUUUGUCCGGAAUAAAUCCAAAACUUUCAUAAUAAAAAUAUGUCUUGAACUGUUUUCAUUAUUUCAUUCCAAUAUAUAUGUUUUGAGAGACUUCAUUAAGGGAUUCAUUCAUACCAUCUUCAAGGUCUUUAAUGUAUUUAUAAUCUGUACUGUAAGUCACUGUCUUAUGUUCUGUAUUGCAUUUCUCGGGGUCUGCUGUAACAGAUUACUGGGUUCUGGUGGAGAGAUAUUGUCUUGGCUGUCAAUUAUUUUGUUUUUGCGCUAUUGUCUAGGCUUCUGGUACUGGGAUGGUAGAUGUGAUUCUAUGCCUUGUCUCUGUUAGGCUGAUUUCUGUGCCUUGAUUUCUGUUGUCCACUUUAAAUGUUUGAGAAGUGUUAAGGUUGUAUGUUGCCUGGUAGUGAAUGUUUCUUCCAGCUGGUGGGGAGCAGAGACAGCUAGAGGUGACCUAGCAGAAAGGCUUUAAGAAAGACCUAAGGAAUCCUGUUUACACCUAGAAGUGUUUCUGCAGGAAUUGGAGGUGUGGUGGAAAGAGGAGACCCUGUCGCAGUGAGAUGAAUAAUUACCUGGAGAGACAGGAAUAAAAUGCCUAAGUGGACUCUGGCUCUGAACCAAGAGUCAGACUCUCAAGUAGAUGAAGUUGAGGUUUGCUAAUGUGAGCAUCUAUUCUUUAGACCCCUUUGCCAUUUAAGAGCUUAAUUCGUAAAAGCUUAUUUUAUGGAUGCCAUUACUGUCAA